UGAGUCAAUGUUUAAUGGUGAAAUAGUAAACGUCGAUUGAGUCGGAAAAUUGUCAAAACAUAAAAGUUGUGCGAAAAUUAUUAACUUCAAAAAUUAGACAUGAAAAUCAUCGUUUGUGUGCUAUUUUCUCUCACACUUUUUGGAUGUUCAAAUGCAGCAGGAAAAUUACAACAACGUUAUAGUUGGCGUCAAUUAGAUUGGGUUUUUCCAAAUCAACAAACACGUGAUCGGGCUGUAGCAUCUGGUGAUUAUGUUCCAACUAAUGGUUUACCAGUUGGCAUAGAACGGUGGCAAAAUAAGUUGUUUGUGACAGUCCCACGAUGGAGAAAUGGAAUUCCAGCCGUUUUGAACUAUAUUGACAUGAAUCGAACGCCAAGUGGAUCACCUCCAUUGAUACCAUAUCCCAGUCUAGAAAACAACAUUGCAGGGGAUUGCGCAAAUGGAUUAUCGACUGUCUACCGAAUAAAAGCUGACAAAUGUGGACGUCUUUGGGUGCUUGACACAGGAACCGUUGGUAUUGGAAAUACAACACAGAAUGUUUGCCCAUAUGCCCUUAAUGUCUUUGACCUCGCAACUGAUAGACGCAUUCGCCGUUAUGAAUUUAGACCUGAAGAUACUAAUCCAAACACAUUCAUCGCAAAUAUUGCUAUUGAUAUUGGAAAGAAUUGUGAAGAUACUUAUGCUUACUUCUCUGACGAGUUAGGAUACGGAUUAAUUUCUUACUCAUGGGAACAAAACAAAUCUUGGAGAUUUGCUCACAGUUUCUUUUUUCCUGAUCCACUUCGUGGAGAUUUCAAUAUUGGUGGAUUAAACUUCCAAUGGGGCGAAGAAGGAAUCUUUGGAAUGGCAUUGUCACCUAUUAAAAAUGAUGGUUUCAGAACUUUAUACUUCAGUCCACUUGCAUCUCAUCGUGAGUUUAGUGUGUCCACAAAAACACUUCGUGACUCCACCCGUUUAGAAGAAAGUUUCCAUGAAUUUACUUACUUGCCAGAACGUGCAGGAAAUGCACAUACAACAUCAAGAGUUAUGAGUGAAUCUGGUGUGAUGUUGUUUAAUUUGAUUGAUCAAAACUCAGUGGGAUGUUGGAACUCAGCGACACCCUACGAACCUCAAAAUCAUGCAAUUGUUGAUCGUGAUGAUGAAGGUUUAGUUUUCCCAGCUGAUGUGAAAAUUGAUGAGACCAACACUGUUUGGGUGAUCUCAGAUCGCAUGCCAGUCUUUUUACUUUCCGAACUUGCCUACAAUGAUGUAAACUUUAGAAUUUUCUCAGCUCCUUUGGACAAUCUUCUUCAAGGAACAGUUUGUGCUGCAAGACGUCCUUUUGAUGCUUUCACAACAGGUCCAGUUUCUCCUAGAAUAUCUUCAACAACCAGAACAUCAAUACCCUUCCAAUAUCUCGGAGAUAUUUCAAGCGAAUCUUUCUCUUCAGAAUCAUUCUCAAGAGAGUAUCCAGAAUUGACCACACCAUUCUUUGGCUUCGCUUCACAACCUGCUAAGACAAACACUCGCCCUUACUCGACAACUCAAGUUCCAGCUUCAUCUAAAGCUUAUGUUUACAAUCAACAUAAUGGAGUUAGCUUGAAGACAGAAACUCCAACAUAUCCUGAUUACUAUCCAGACCAGCAUCAGCAUCAUCAUCACCACCAUCAUCAGAACAGUUAUUAUCAACCGAGAGGUAGUGGGUCAAGCUAUCAGAAAAAGAAUGACUGGCCUCAAUAUUUCUAUUAA